AUGAUGCAGGAAUCUGCGACAGAGACAAUAAGCAACAGUUCAAUGAAUCAAAAUGGAAUGAGCACUCUAAGCAGCCAAUUAGAUGCUGGCAGCAGGGAUGGGAGAUCAAGUGGUGACACCAGCUCUGAAGUAAGCACAGUGGAGCUCCUGCAUCUGCAACAACAGCAGGUGCCCGUGUCGGUGGCCAUGAUGACCCCCCAAGUGAUCACCCCUCAGCAGAUGCAGCAGAUUCUUCAGCAGCAGGUCCUGUCUCCUCAACAGCUCCAGGCCCUCCUUCAGCAACAGCAAGCUGUGAUGCUGCAGCAGCAACAACUACAAGAGUUUUACAAGAAACAGCAAGAGCAGUUACAUCUUCAGCUUUUGCAACAGCAGCAACAGCAGCACCCACAGCAGCAGCAGCAGCUGGCCGCCCAGCAGCUGGUCUUCCAGCAGCAGCUCCUCCAAAUGCAGCAGCUACAGCAGCAACAACAUCUGCUCAGCCUUCAGCGCCAGGGCCUCAUCUCCAUCCCACCCGGCCAAGCAGCCCUUCCUGUCCAGUCGCUGCCUCAAGCUGGCUUAAGUCCUGCUGAGAUUCAGCAACUAUGGAAAGAAGUGACUGGGGUCCACAGUAUGGAAGACAAUGGCAUUAAGCAUGGAGGGCUAGACCUCACAACCAACAAUUCCUCCUCGACUACCUCCUCCACCACUUCCAAAGCAUCACCACCAAUCACACAUCAUUCCAUGGUGAAUGGGCAGUCUUCAGUUCUGAAUGCAAGGCGGGACAGCUCGUCACACGAGGAGACUGGGGCCUCCCACACUCUCUACGGCCAUGGAGUCUGCAAGUGGCCAGGCUGUGAAAGCAUAUGUGAAGACUUUGGACAGUUUUUGAAGCACCUUAACAAUGAGCAUGCGUUGGAUGACCGAAGCACUGCCCAGUGUCGAGUGCAAAUGCAGGUGGUACAACAAUUAGAAAUACAGCUUUCUAAGGAACGCGAACGUCUUCAAGCGAUGAUGACCCACUUGCACAUGCGACCCUCAGAGCCCAAACCAUCUCCCAAACCUCUAAAUCUGGUGUCUAGUGUCACCAUGUCGAAGAACAUGUUGGAGACAUCCCCACAGAGCUUACCUCAAACCCCUACCACACCAACGGCCCCAGUCACCCCGAUUACCCAGGGACCCUCAGUAAUCACCCCAGCCAGUGUGCCCAAUGUGGGAGCCAUACGAAGGCGACAUUCAGACAAAUACAACAUCCCCAUGUCAUCAGAGAUUGCCCCAAACUACGAAUUUUAUAAAAACGCAGAUGUUAGACCUCCCUUUACUUAUGCAACUCUCAUAAGGCAGGCUAUCAUGGAGUCAUCUGACAGGCAGUUAACACUUAAUGAAAUUUACAGCUGGUUUACACGGACAUUCGCUUACUUCAGGCGGAAUGCUGCGACUUGGAAGAAUGCAGUGCGUCAUAAUCUUAGCCUGCACAAAUGUUUUGUUCGAGUAGAAAACGUUAAAGGAGCAGUGUGGACUGUGGAUGAAGUCGAAUACCAGAAGCGAAGGUCACAAAAGAUAACAGGAAGUCCAACUUUAGUAAAAAAUAUACCUACAAGUUUGGGCUAUGGAGCAGCGCUGAAUGCCAGUCUGCAGGCUGCCUUGGCAGAGAGCAGUUUGCCUUUGCUAAGUAACCCUGGACUGAUCAAUAACGCCUCCAGUGGCCUCCUGCAGGCCGUCCAUGAAGACCUCAAUGGGUCCCUGGAGCACAUGGACAGCAAUGGGAACAGCAGUCCGGGCUGCUCACCUCAGCCACAUAUACAUUCAAUCCAUGUCAAGGAAGAACCCGUGAUUGCGGAGGAUGAAGACUGUCCAAUGUCAUUAGUGACAACAGCCAAUCACAGUCCAGAAUUAGAAGAUGACAGAGAGAUUGAGGAAGAGCCUUUAUCUGAGGACCUGGAAUGAGAAUGAACUGUGACACCUCAGUGUGAAGGGACAUAUCACUGACCUUCAUAACCACUCCACAACCAUGAAUAGUUGACAAAUUUUUACUGUGACUAUUUAUUAAGCAUGGAUAAAGGAGACAGCCCUAAAGGAACUUACUAAGCCAGCCCUUUGGGAUUCAGAACCAACAGGCAAAUUGCUUGUUUUCUUCUCUUUCUGUCGUUAUUUUGUUCAUUUGUUUGUUUGUUUUA